AUGAUUAAGUCACACACUUAAUAAAAUAAGGAAAGACAGUAGGCAUUUAAUCUAGAAAAUAUCAAAAGAAAAUUCUUUUUUGGAUAAUAUUCAACAUGUGUUAAAUUUACCUCACUAUCCUUUUUAUAUUGUCCCAUAAAUAAUAACCCAUUUUUUAUGACUAUUCCAAAUAUUCAUUUGGACAAUUGA